UAUUUUUGAAAAGCCCGCGCUUUUCAGUUUACCUUCACUGCAUUGCAUCUCCAGCCGGUGGUUAUCACCCCUAUCACACACAAACACUCACACACACACAAACAUCAUUAUCAUGACGUAACAAUGUAAAUGUUGUUUUGGCAUCCAACUUUCUAUAAAACAUGAAUAAUUUUUUUAAUAAUAUGCAAUAUUGUAUGAAGUAUAUCCAUAUACAUGACACAAAUUUGACUUCGUGAGUGAUUUUAUACCUGUUUUACGAGAACAGAGCCUCGAGAUACAUUAUUGUUCUAUAGCUGUGUAAUAAUUACUCGUGAGAAAUAAACAAAAACCCAGAGUUAAAAUGACCAAUCUUAGCAAUGGAACCAUUAUCAAACUAGAAGAAAAUAAGAUCGAGAUAGAGCAGUGUUCUAAAGCCUUAUUGAAAACAACAGAACCAAAUCACAUAGAAAACUCAUACAAAAGUUCUACGACAAACCAAAACGAUUAUAAAAGAAUUAUUGAUGGAAAUGCAUAUAGACUUAAUGAAGCAGGAGGUAUUAAAAUUGAAGAAGGAGAAACGGACGAUUAUUAUUAUAAGUCUAUUUUUGAGGUAGAAGCAGAAAAUAAACAAUGGAAAGAGCAACAAAAUACAAUCGACGCGAAUGAAUACAACGUUGUUAAUUCGAAAAUCAAAGUUGAAGACAAAACAGACGGUUAUUACCAUAGCAUAGAGAACAAAAUUGAUAAAGACAAUGAAGAUAUGAAAAAGGAAUUAUCUGAAACCUUUAUAAGUGAAACAAAAUCGAGUAACAUUGAAAAAUUAUAUAAUAGUCGUGUGACAGCACGGAACGAUCUUCAAAAAAUAUUUGACGGGAAUAUAUACAAACUUAAUGAAGCAGGAGGAAUUAAAAUUGAAGUAGGAGAAACGGACGAUUAUUAUUAUAAGUCUAUUUUUGAGGUAGAAGCAGAAAAUAAACAAUGGAAAGAGCAACAAAAUACAAUCGACGCGAAUGAAUACAAAGUCAAUGAUACGAGUUAUGAAGGGAAUAAACAAACUGAUGGUUGUCAAGUCGAGUCUUGGAUUGAAAAAGGUGUCAAUAAUCAAAUAGCACGAAAGAAUGACAAUAAAUAUAUAAAAGAACGACGAAUAUUCCACUGCGAUUUUUGUCAAACGUCGUACCGUACUAAAAAGCAAAUAACAUUACAUAUAGUAAAAUCCCACAAAAGUUCAAAUAACCAAUAUUCUACCCUAAAAAAUAGCAUUAUACAUAACAAUAAAUAUACUAGAGCAUUCACCAAAAACAUCAUCCGACACUACAAAUGUGAUGUUUGUUUUAAAGAUUUUUCGUGUAAAUCACUACUCACUAAACACGAACGAGUACACAAUGGGGAAAAGCCCUAUAAAUGCGCUGUUUGCUCAAAGUCGUUUUCUCAAAAAUAUAAUCUAACAGCUCAUGAACGAGUGCACACUGGAGAAAAACCUUAUAAAUGUGAUGUUUGUUUAAAGUCAUUUUAUACAAAUUCAGACCUCACAAAACAUAAACGCGUGCACACUGGAGAAAAACCUUAUAAAUGUGAUGUUUGUUUAAAGUCAUUUUAUACAAAUUCAGACCUCACAAAACAUAAACGCGUGCACACUGGAGAAAACCCUUAUAAAUGUACUGUUUGUUUAAAGUCGUGUUAUUCAAAUGCAGACCUCACAAAACAUAAACGCGUGCACACUGGAGAAAAGCCCUUUCAGUGUUUGGUAUGUUUAAAAUCAUUUUCUGAAAAACCUUCGCUUACAAAUCACAAACGAGUGCACUCAGGAGAAAAACCCUACAAAUGUGCGGUCUGCUUAAAAUCGUUUUCCUUAAACGGAAAUCUCACAAAACAUGAACGAGUACAUGCUGGUGAAAAACCCUACAAAUGUGCUGUAUGUUUUAAGUCGUUUACUGAUAAAUCAAGCCUCACAAAACACAACAAACGCGUACACUCUGAUUGAUUACCCUUAAAAAUAUAUUUACUCAAGUUUAUUUUCUCAAUAAUCGAAGUUUAUAAAUUUUAACUUAAAAUUAUAUAGUAAUAUAUUUUUUAUUUUAUUACUAACAUAAAAUUGUGUAUAUGUGCGUUACUUAUUUCAAUCAAUGUUUAUUGAAACGUGUUUAUAUACUUCUAGAGCAAAAUGUAUUUUUAAUUAUAUUGUUAGAUAUUGUGUUUAAUCAGUGCACGUUAAAAAUUGUAAGCUACUCGA